UCCCCCUUAUGGAUUGCGCAUGCUUAGCCAGACGUGGCAGCGGCACGAGCAGGAGCGGCUUGUUCUUCUUCCAGCGCCAGCAAGUAGGCAGGCGGGCGAGAGAGCGAGCGGAUGGCUGGGCACAGGGCUGGACGGACCCGGUGCUGUGGAGGAGGGAGAAUGCUGCUGCUGCUGCCUCUGCUGCUUGCCCUCAUGACAAUCUUCCCAGCAUGUCUCCUAUCAGCAAAGAUGUCUCCAUUAAUAGAGAAAAUUAGUGAUCAAAAGGACUUCAAGAAACUCCUGAGAACACGGAAUAAUGUAUUGGUUCUAUAUUCCAAAUCCUCGGCGGCUGCUGACAGUUCACUCAGGUUGUUGUCUGAUGUAGCCCAAGCAGUGAAAGGCCGAGCUACUGUAUCAUGGAUAGACUGCGGGGAUGCAGAAAGCCGAAAACUAUGCAAGAAGAUGAAGGUUGAUCCUAGUUCAAAGGAAAAAGGGGUAGAGUUAUUACAUUACAAGGAUGGUACGUUUCACACUGAAUAUAACAGAGCGCUCACGUUGAAGUCAGUGGUGGCCUUUCUAAAAGAUCCAGAAGGAGCUCCAUUAUGGGAGGAAGAUCCUGAAGCCAAAGAUAUUGUUCAUAUUGACAGUGAAAAGGAACUUAGGAGACUUUUGAAGAAGGAAGAUAGGCCUGUGCUCUUGAUGUUCUAUGCCCCCUGGUGUGGUGUUUGCAAAAGAAUGAUGCCAUCUUUCCAGCAAGCAUCUACAGAACUGAAGGGCAUGUAUGUACUUGCAGGGAUGAAUGUUUACUCAGGUGAAUUUGAAAAAAUCAAAGAAGAAUAUAAUGUCCGAGGAUACCCAACUAUCUGCUACUUUGAAAAGGGGAAAUUCCUGUUCAACUUUGAAAACUACAGUGCUACAGCAAAGGACAUAGCAGAAUGGCUGCAGAAUCCUCAGCCACCUAAACCACAGACUCCUGAGAUUCCUUGGUCAGAAGAGGAUAAUGCUGUUUAUCACUUAACAGAUGAUGAUUUUGACAAGUUUAUCAAGGAACAUCCUUCCGUGUUAGUGAUGUUCUACGCGCCAUGGUGUGGGCACUGUAAGAAAAUGAAGCCAGAAUAUGAGAAGGCUGCUGAGACACUCCAUACAGAUACUGAGAGACCAUGCGCCCUGGCAGCAGUAGAUGCUACUAUCAACAAAGCUGUAGCAGAAAGGUUUCACAUAUCAGGAUUUCCAACGCUCAAGUACUUCCAAGAUGGAGAGGAAAAAUAUACGCUGCCACAUCUCCGAACAAAGAGUAAAAUUAUUGAAUGGCUUAUGAAUCCUCAGGCACCACCUCCCCCUGAGCCAACGUGGGAAGAAAGGCAAACGAGCAUUAUUCAUCUAGCAGGCGAGGACUUCAGGGAAUCUUUGAAGAAAAAGAGGCACGCCCUCGUCAUGUUCUAUGCCCCAUGGUGUCCACAUUGUAAAAACUCCAUCCCACAUUUCACAACAGCUGCAGAGUUAUUUAAAGAAGACCGAAAAAUUGCCUAUGCUGCGGUGGACUGUGCCAAAGAACAGAACCUAGACCUGUGUAAGCAAGAAGGUGUGGAUGGUUACCCGACCUUCAACUACUACAAUUACGGGAAAUUUAUAGAAAAAUAUAAUGGAGACAGAGGGGAAUCUGGAUUUUCAACUUUCAUGCGAACCCUCAGAGAACGAGACCAUGAAAGGAUAGGGAAGAGGAAAGAUGAGCUGUAAUUCCUGCCUCAAGAGACUAUACUCACUGCACUGUGAACGGUCUCAGGACCACUGGUACAAUGCCUGAGAUGACACAUCUUUUGAAAACAAAGACUUUGGGUUUUUUAUAAGCAGCCAUUGCCAUUUUGUAGAACUUCAAAAUAAAGUGAAAUCAUUUGAUUUUUGAAGAACAAUCAA